AUGUUUGGCUCUACUACUGCCAAUUCAACUGCUCCGUCUUUUGGAGGGUUCGGUAAUACCAAUAAUAGUAGUACAGGUGGUGGCUUGUUUGGUACUGCCAAUAAACCACCCGCUUCGAGUGGUGGUGGAUUAUUUGGAUCAUCUAAUAAUGCUACUAAUACAAACACCGCAAAUGCUUCUGGCGGUGGGUUAUUUGGAGGUAAUAAUGCAAAUACAGGUGGUGGAUUUGGAACUGGAAACACGAAUACACAACAAAGCGGGGGACUCUUUGGAAAUAAACCUGCUGCCACGACAGGAGGAGGGUUAUUUGGUGCUUCUACUAGCAAUGCACCAUCAGGUGGAGGAUUAUUUGGAGGAAAUACAAAUGCAAAUACUAAUAAUGCGAGUGGUACGACUGGUGGUGGAUUAUUUGGGGGUAAUACUAAUACGAAUCAACAACCUCAACCUCAACCACAGCAACAACAACAACCACAGCAAGGUGGUGGAUUAUUUGGAGGCGCGAGUAAUACAAAUCAACAACCACAGCAAGGAGGUGGGUUAUUUGGAGGCUCCAGUAAUACAAAUCAGCAACAGGGUGGUGGAUUGUUUGGAUCGAAGCCCCCUGCAUCAUCAGGUGGAUUAUUCGGCGGUAAUACUAAUGCCAAUCAACAGCAACCACAGCAACAGCAACAGCAAGGUGGUGGUUUAUUUGGAGGCGCCAGUAAUACAAAUCAACAACAGAGUGGUGGGUUGUUUGGCGGUUCCAGUAAUACAAACCAACAACAGAGUGGUGGGUUGUUUGGCGGUUCCAGUAAUACAAACCAACAACAAGGUGGUGGAUUGUUUGGAGGCUCAGGUAAUGCAAAUCAGGCACAGAGUGGAGGACUAUUCGGAUCGAAACCACCUGCAUCAUCAGGUGGAUUAUUUGGAGGUAGCAGUAACACGUCGAAUCAACAAUCUGGUGGACUCUUCGGAGGUAAUACUGCAGGCCAACAAUCUGGUGGCUUAUUUGGAUCAUCGUUGAAUAAACCAGCUGGGGGAGGAUUGCUCAAUAACCAACAACAGCAACAGCAUCAACAACAACAGCAACAAUUAACUGCCAUGACUAGAGUAGGUGAUUUACCAGAACCAAUCAAAAGGGAAUUACAGGAAUUCGAUAAGUAUAUCAACACACAACAUCUUAUUGCCACAACAUUACAGUCAGAUUUAUCUAAGCAUGAUAGGCUAAUUAAAUCCAUUCCAAAAGAUACGAAUUAUUUGUAUACAAAAUUAUCAUCCACCAAACAAGCAUUAAAGUUUGAUUCGAAUCAAUUAUUAAAUUUGAAAGAAGUCAAUAAUGAGUUGAUUGAAGAUAUAAAUAAAAUCAUGCAGCUUAUCAUUCAAUUAUCUACCCCAGGCACAAAGUUAUCGUCAUCAUUCCAGUUGAACGAGUUUUUCAUCAAAAAGAUAAAAAAGUAUCACGAGGUAUUGAACAACUACGAACUAAUCGUAAACGAAGCAGAACAAGUCAUAAGCGGUUUAGAAAGACUGUGUGUAGAUGGUUUCGGAGGCUUAUUUAACAUUAUUGAAGUUAUAAAGUCACAGUUUAAUUUAUUUAUGGAACUAUGUGAAACAAUGGCUCAGUUACAUAAUGAAGUAAACAAGGUAGUCAAAUAA